AUGCCUUUCCGCCGUCGCCCAUCAUCCACCACACAACUCCACGGACGACAACCCCCCAAAAUCGACCCAGCCAUCCCCCUCCUCCGCGCAAACCUCACCCCUUUACCCCCCCUCUCCUCAACCGCCAGUCCCGCACUAAUCAACUUCCUCACCACCCUCCUCUCCUCUUCCCCUUCGUCCGCUUCCACCAGCAACGACACCCCACCCCCCUCACCAACCUGCACCCCCAAAAUCGUCCUCAUAGGCGACGCCUCCCACGGCACCUCCGAAUUCUACACCGCCCGCGCCCAGCUCACCCAACACCUCAUCACCCACCACGGUUUCACCAUCGUGGCUGUCGAGGCCGACUGGCCCGACGCUGAGGCCGUAGAUCGGUAUGUGCGGCGGCGGCCGGCUGCGCCAGGACAGAGGCGGAGAAAUAUUAAUACCAAACCGGAGGGGGAAAAGGGGGAACCGGAGGUUUUCGGCCGGUUUCCGACGUGGAUGUGGCGGAAUCAGGAGGUACAGGGGUUUGUGGAGUGGUUGAGGGGGUGGAAUGAAGCGAAUCGGUCUGGUGGUAAAGAGAGCGUCGGGUUCUACGGCCUGGACCUCUACUCGUUGGGGGCGUCGAUGAAAGCGGUGAUUGCGUACCUGGAGCAGGUCGACGGGAAGAUGGCGGAGCGGGCGCGGGAGCGGUAUGGUCGGUUGAUGGUGUGGGCGGAGGAUCCGCAUCGGUAUGGGUUGGAAGCCCUGACGGAGGGGUUUCGGGGGUGUGAGAAGGAUGUGAUGAGGGUGUUGAGGGAUUUGCUGGGGAAGAGGCUGGAGUAUGCGGCGAAGGGGCGCGAGGGGGAGGAGUUUCAUGGGGGAGAGCAGAAUGCGACGUUGGUGAAAGACGCCGAACAGUACUACCGAGCCAUGUACUACGACCGCGACGAGUCCUGGAACCUGCGCGACCGACACAUGUUCGAGACCCUCAUGCGCAUCCUCAAGCACCGCAGCAGUGAUAGAUCCCCUCCAAAGGCGGUCAUCUGGGCUCACAAUAGCCACAUCGGCGACGCCCGCGCUAGCAGCAUGAGCUGGGCCCGCGGCGAGCUCAACAUCGGCCAGCUUUGCCGCGAGAUGUUUGGCCGCGACCAAGUCCUGGCCAUCGGCUGCUGCGGACACACCGGUACCGUCGCCGCCGCCCACCGCUGGGACAGCGACAUGCAGAUCAUGCAGGUCCAGCCUGGUCUUCCGGACAGUUACGAGGCGUUGAUGCAUGCGACCGGGGUGCCGAACUUUGCGUUGGAGUUGCGGGAGGGACGGUGUGAUCCGAGCCUGCGGAGGGAGCUGAUGAAGAAAAGAUUGGAGCGGUUCAUCGGGGUGAUUUAUGCACCGCACGCCGAGAGGCAGUCGCACUAUUCGUCCACGGUGCUGCCAGAGCAGCUGGACGCGCUGUUGUGGUUUGACCAGACCAGGCAUGUGGGUGCCCUUGAGGUGCACCAGCCACAUGUCCCGCUGGAGUAUGACGAGACGUGGCCGUUUGGGUUGUAA